AUGGGGUGUCUCUUUUUCGUUUAUGUAUUUCUCUGUUUUGUGUUGCUAAGAAGUGGAUGCUUUUCUUCUUCCUUUGAGCAUCAUCUUUGCUCUCGCAUUGAAGCUUCUGCUUUGCUUCAGUUUAAGCAACACUUCGAAAUUAUACCCAACGAUUACUAUAGUUCUAGGUGUGGUAGAUCUUCUUUCCCAAAAACAAAGUCUUGGAAUGAGAGUAGGGAUUGCUGUACUUGGGACGGAGUUACUUGUGACAUGUUAAACGGUCAUGUUAUCGGCCUAGACCUUAGCUGCAGUCAGCUUGAUGGAAGUAUUCAUCCCAACAGCAGCCUCUUCCAACUUCAUCAUCUUCACACACUAAACCUUGCUUACAAUUACUUUUUUAAGUCUUCAAUCCCACAUAACAUUGGCCGAUUGAGGAAUUUGAGGCAUCUCAACCUUUCCUAUUCUUACUUAGAUGGGAAAAUCCCAACAGAAAUCUCAUACCUUUCCAAUUUGAUUUCAGUUGAUCUUAUUUCUUAUAGUUUGUAUGGAUUACAAAUUGAUCAGAGAACAUUUGAAACAAUGCUUCAGAACUUGACAAAUCUGGAGGUACUUUCUCUCUCGGGUGUCAACAUCUCAUCGCCGAUACCUAUGAAUAUGUCUUCAUCCUUAAGGUAUGUGGAUCUUCAAUUCACUAAUCUGCGAGGUGUUCUCCCAGAGAGCCUUUUCCUUCUGCCAAACUUGGAAAAUCUCAAAUUGAGUGAUAACUUUGUUCUCAAAGGAGUUUUACCAAAGAUCUACUGGAGAAACACUGUGUUAAUGGAGUUGGAUAUUUCAUACACAUACAUCUCCGAUGAGCUGCCUGAUUCAAUUGGCAACUUGAGUUCCUUGAAUAUCUUGAACCUCCAACGAUGUGAAUUCUCAGGUUCCAUACCUGAUUCACUUGGCACCUUGAGUUCCUUGAAUAGCUUGUACCUCGCAGGAUGUCAAUUAUCUGGUUCCAUACCUGAUUCAAUUGGCAACCUAACCCAAAUUAGGCAGUUAGAUUUAGCUAAUAAUCAUUUCACUGGCCACAUUCCUUCAACAAUUUUAAACUUGACACAUCUUCAAUCCUUAGACUUGUCGAGUAAUUCCCUAUCUGGCCCACUUCCUUCAACAAUUUUAAACUUGACACAUCUUCAAUCCUUAGAUUUGUCGAGUAAUUUCCUAUCUGGCCCACUUCCUAAUAAUGCGAGUAUUCUUCAAAAGCUAACCAACCUGGAUUUGUCUUACAACUCACUAAAUGGUACCAUACCAUCUUGGGUGUUUAGCCUACCUUCGCUAUCUUAUUUGUCCCUCGGUCAUAAUCGAUUAAGUGGCCUAGACGAUGAGAUCAAAACAAACCCAACAUUAGAAUACCAGGAUUUAAGCCUAGAAGUUUUGCUGUUAUCAUCUUGUGAACUGAAGGAUUUUCCACACUUGUUGAGAAAUGUAAAGACACUUAAGGUCUUGGAUAUUUCUAACAAUAAGAUUCGUGGCCAAAUCCCAAACUGGCUUAGCAGCAUGAGGUGGGACAACUUGUGGUACCUAAACUUUUCGCAUAAUUCAUUAACAGGCAACCUACCACAAUUUCGUUACCAUUAUCUACGGUAUCUUGAUCUUAAAUUUAACUCCCUUCAGGGUCCACUACCUUCAUCCAUUUGUAACAUGAGCAAGUUUGAAUUUCUAGAUUUAUCACGCAACAACUUCAGUGGCUCUGUUCAACAUUGCUUGGGCAGCAUGGGUAGUCUAACGGUGUUAGACUUAAGAAGAAAUAAUUUCAAUGGGAGUCUUCCACGAUUUUGUGCACAGAGCACUUCAUUGAGUAUCAUUGUGUUGAAUGAUAAUCAAUUUGAAGGAACUCUCCCUGUGUCCUUGCUCAACUGUUCUUAUCUAGAAGUUCUUGAUGUGGGGAACAAUGCUAUAAAUGACACAUUUCCAGCUUGGCUAGGAACACUUCAACAACUGCAGGUCCUGAUAUUAAAGUCCAAUGUGUUCCAUGGGCCUAUAAGUACUUGUCAGACUAAGUUUUGCUUUCCCGAGUUGCGAAUUUUUGAUCUUUCUCAUAAUGAAUUCAGUGGCUCACUUCCUGCAAGAAUUUUUGAGAAAUUUAGUGCAAUGAUUAAAUUAGAUGGUGAAGACACAAGAAAGAUCGAGUACAUGGAACAUUAUAUAAAUAAUUACUCAAUUGACGCCAUAAUUAACUUCAGUCCAUCGUAUGAGGAUUCAGUGAGUUUGGUGAUCAAAGGCCAUGAUAUUGCUCUAGAAAGAAUCAGCACAAUCAUGACAACCAUAGAUCUCUCAAGCAACCAUUUUGAAGGUGUCAUUCCGGAAACACUAAAGGAUCUCAGCUCACUUUGGCUACUCAAUUUAUCCCGCAACAAUCUCACAGGUGAUAUUCCAAUGGAACUGGGGCAGUUGAAUAGGCUUGAAGCGUUAGAUCUCUCUUGGAAUCGACUCACUGGAAAGAUUCCACAGGAAUUAACAAGAAUGAACUUUCUGGCAUUCUUAAACCUCUCUCAAAAUCUCCUUGUUGGACGCAUUCCUCAAGGUUCACAAUUCAACACAUUUGAAAAUGACUCGUAUGGUGGAAACCUUGAUUUAUGUGGUCCUCCUUUAUCAAAGAAAUGUGGAACAAGUGAUUCAUCGCAUGUUCCUCAACCAUUGGAGUCUGAAGAAGAUGAAGACGAGUCAUAUUUCUUUAGUGGAUUUACGUGGGAAUCAGUAGUCAUAGGCUACAGUUUUGGACUCGUUGUUGGAACUGUUGUGUGGAGCCUCAUGUUUAAAUAUCGUAAGCCAAAAUGGUUUGUCGAAUUUUUUGAUGACAUCAUGCCUCACAGAAGAAGAAGGCCAAAGAAGAGAGCUCAAAGGCGACGGACUUAA